CUGCAAUUUUCUCGUCAACAUUCCAUCAGCAAGAGAUCUUUUUCGACGCGUAGAGACACGUCUCGACCCAUGCACGAUGCUGGUUGCUGUAAUGAAAUCAACAUCACAUCACUGGGAAAAUGGAUGAAAAAAAUAUGAAUGUGACGUGUGUUUUGGGCUUAUACACAAAUCCGACGACAGAUUACAAGAGACAUCUCUCAAUAAAUGUUUCUCUGUCUUGUUUGGACUUUUUUCUUUUUUUUUCUUCUAUCUGGACUUUCUUACAGAUACAAAUCGCAUGAAAAACUCAAUACGGACUCAAUCAAAAUAAUAACUGAAAAAUAAUCUACAAAGUGAGUGUCUGGCAGCCUGGUUUCGUACCCGUUUUCAAUUCGAUACGAUUAUCAUCUCAAUUUACAUUUACAGUCAGUCCCUUUUAUAUAUGUUAUCGUUGGGUUCGAACACAUACGUUGCCGUUGUUGUAGUGAACAAACAUCAGUUUAAUUUAAUGUUUUACAUAAUCGUCUAAGAGCAUUCAUGUGAGUUUUUGUAUGAAACAGAGAAUUCCCAUGAUGAGAAACUUGUAGUGUGCAUACAAGUGUUGUGUGAUUAUUUGCUCUGAACGUUUUCAAAAAGGCAAACCAUGUCUUAUCUAUUUGGUGGUUCGAUUUCAGUGUUAGUAUUACUUCUGUGUAUCAUUGCUGCUGCUGCUGCCCACCAACAUACCGUUGGCAGUGCGAAUAUAUUUGGUACAGGCGAUGUACUCCAAAAGACCGAUCUAUUCAAAAAGAAUUCAGUCAUCCAAACCAACUAUACCAUUCGAUUCAAAUAUGUUGACAAUUUUUUUGGUGGAGCCAUUUUCUUUGCCCAACUGAAUGUGACUGGUGCACAAAAUAGUACAUCGAAAAUGGAUUAUUCAAAAGACGUUGAUGUUGAUAUGUAUAAGGAUCAUCAACGAUAUGUGGAUGCAACCCUCAAUGUUUUGAAUGCAACAAAUUUCACGUCAUCCAUUGAGGUUAGAGGGUUUCGAGGCAUAAACAUUGACGCUAUGUCAAUGUUUAUUCGAGCCAAGGAAGUGAAACCACGUUCGUAUGCAUUUAUUUGCACAAAAAACGAUGCCAAAGCGAAGUCACAACAGACGGCUUUGAUUAAAUAUGGUGAACGAGUGCCCGGCGAUUUUCUUAUUCGAUACAGACUAGAACGUUCCGAACAUGGAAAGCUAAGCUUCGAUUUUCACGAUUCAUAUCUAAAACUUACCUUUAUUGUAGUCAAUGUGGACUCACCAUGGGCUGUCACAUUCAACAAUAAAAUAAUUACAACCGAAGACCAUUUCCGUGCUACCAUUUAUGAAUUGAAACGCAACAAUUUCACAGCAGAAUCGUUUAUUUUUGGUAGAAAAAUUACUCGUUCGUAAAUGUCAAAUCAAUAUUUCGUUUCCAGCAUUGACUUUUGGAAGUGGCCUUUGUGAAAAAUCAUUUCCGAAACAUAAUAAUUGAAUUUAUGGGAUUGACAGUUUUACAAAACGUAUCAAAUUGUUAUUAAAUUGUACAUGGUUAUCGAUUAAGUAUUAAAUGUAUAAAGUAAUUUCAUCGAGUUUGAUUCAAUAUUUCAGCGUGCGAUGUAAUUAUAUUGAUGUAGACGUGUCAUUGUGUAUAUGUCUACAACAAGUAUGACUGACACGCAAUCAAUAAAUUGCUUCGAGUUCAUGGGAAUUCUGUCUGUGCAAUAUUCGUGAUAAGAGUGUCAAGUAAGAGUAUGACAACAAAUAGAAUCGGACGCAGUUCAUUUUUUGACGUAAAGAUUUUGACUUAAAUAAUAUUUUCAAGGGAAUCUUAAUAAAGUGGAUAUUUCAAAGUCUAAUUCAAAAUAACCAAUUUAUAGUUUAAUUCCAUUCACAAUAUUGUGGUCUGUUGUUAUUUUUGGCUAGAGUGUUGAAAUAUUUCAUUGUGUCUGAAAUUUUCGGUUGAAAUGCAAACAAUGUUCAAGUGGAUAUGUUUCAUCGCACACAUCUUAUUGCACACGAAUCAUAUUGAGCAAUGUGUUGGUGAUGCACAUUCAAUCACCGGUUCAUUUUAUAACGGCUAUGAUGGAACUACAUUCCUUGAGCGAACGCUCUUCACCCGAAAUACAACAAUGCCAAAAUCGUAUGUGGUGGGAUUUAAGUAUGUCAGUGAUAUUUUCGGUCGUGAUAUCUACAACGGUAUAAUUCACUCUGAUGCACAGAAUACUUGGGGAGGUGGUGAUUUGGGCACUGUAAUCGACAUUCAUGACACCCGCUAUUUAAAUGCCAACAUUCAUAUUCCAAAUGCAACGAAAUUUGAGGUUGAUAUUCAACUGAAAGGAAUUAUGGGCAUUGGGUAUACAGGCAUGGAGCGUUUUUUGGGAAUAAAUGUUAUUCGACCCAGAAGCUAUGCAUUAAUUUGCGCUAUCAACGAAAAAAAAUCGCACACAAAAUACCGAGAACUGGUGUUUGGCGAACGCAAAGAUGGAGAUGCGGUUUUAUAUGCUCGAGCUGAAAGUUUUGCGUCGUCGAAUAGCGAAUUACCGCGACACAACAUCGAGUUUGAAGAUAACAGUGCAAUCCUAACUGCGGCGUCGAUUAGAUUGAACUCGACAGCAGCUAUAGUUUUUCACAACAAAGUUCAACUGACGGCGCAUCGUUUCUCAGCUACAGUUUAUGCGCUCAAUCGUGAUACAAUCGCUGACGUUGUUAUUAUUUAUGGCCAUCGAACCUACUAAUUCAAUUUAUGGACUUAUUAAUUUGUUAUAAUCAAAAAAGACUUAUUGUUAGUUCUGUGUCCCUUUGUGGUGGCUUAAAUGUGUUCAUAAGCAUAAAAAUAAAUAAAUUCAAGCACAAAUCACAUUUUAA